CGCGCCCUUCAUUAGUCUUCGUAAUCGUCAAAACCGCGCGAAUUCACGCAAAACAGCACGUGUAGUUCGAGAAAGAGUUGUGAUUGGAUGGCAGCAUGGCCUUACCAUUCGACUUUAUAAACGUCAGAGGAUAAACAAUAAGUCUGUGGAUGCAGGCUUAGUGACGCAACGAAAAGUAGAUAACAGUUUUGAACUAGUUACUUUCGUGUAUUUUACACAAGAUGACCGAGAAAAGGGAGUUCAUGAGCCUGGAAGAGUGUUUGGAAAGAAAUAUUCCAGCAGAUGAGUUAGAACAUGUAAAUAGAAUACUGUUUGGGAAACCUUUAAAGAAUCUGGAAAUACCAUCAACAGCAGAAGAGCUUGCUAAGAACCAUGACUUUGAAAUUAAGGGUUACACAUUUGAGGCACAGCCAGAGCAACUACGAAAUCCCAGGCUAGUUCGUGUGGGUUUGGUACAAAAUAGGAUUGUACUUCCAACUAAUGCACCUAUAGCAGAACAAAGAGAUGCUUUACACAGGCGCAUAGCCACAAUUGUUGAGGCAGCAGCUAUAAGUGGGGUCAAUAUAUUGUGUUUGCAAGAAUCAUGGGUGACUCCUUUCUUUUUCUGCACACGUGAAAGACUUCCUUGGACUGAAUUUGCUGAAUCAGCUGAAACAGGUCCAACAACUACAUUUAUCAAACAGGUGUGUGAGAAGAAUAAUAUGGUUAUAAUUUCUCCAAUCUUGGAAAGAGAUGAGGCACAUGAUGAUGUGAUUUGGAAUACAGCUGUAGUUGUGGAUCAACAUGGUAAAGUACUUGGCAAACAUAGGAAAAACCAUAUUCCUCGUGUUGGUGAUUUCAAUGAAUCAACCUACUACGCAGAAGGCAACACAGGCCAUCCAGUUUUUCAGACUUCAUUUGGUAAAAUUGCUGUAAACAUUUGUUAUGGACGUCAUCACCCAUUGAACUGGCUUAUGUUUGGAAUUAAUGGAGCUGAAAUUGUUUUCAACCCUUCAGCUACAGUAGGUGCACUGAGUGAACCACUUUGGGGGAUAGAGGCACGCAAUGCGGCUAUUGCCAACAGCUACUUUACUUGUGCAAUCAACCGUGUUGGCACUGAAUAUUUUCCAAACAAGUUUACGUCUGGUGAUGGUCGGGAAGCACACCAAGACUUUGGCCACUUCUAUGGCUCAAGUUAUGUGGCAGCGCCAGAUGGUAGCCGUACACCAGGUCUUUCAAGAGUGAGAGAUGGUCUCCUUGUAGCAGAGCUAGAUCUUAAUCUCUGCAGGCAAAUGAUAGAUUCAUGGGGUUUCAGGAUGACACAGCGACUGAGGGAGUAUGCGGACUGGCUGAGUGCAGCUUCAGAUCGUGGUGCAAACCAUUAAUAUUUUUAAUGAUUGCAGCAGAGUAAGGCUGCAGCAUCAUUUAUGGCAGCUGACAGUGAUCCACUUCAGCACUAUGAUUUGAGGAAAGUGCAUUAUUGCACUCUUUUUAAAUGUUACAGCUAAAAAGUUUGAAUGAAAAAAAUAUAUAUAUCAGGGGACACUUUUCAGUAUCAGUAAAUGUAAACUUAGCUUCUUCAAUGGGCCCUAUUCUAUCUUGCUAGUGAUACUUAUUUUUAUUUUGCAUUUAUUGUUUAGUUGUAGAUAUUGUCAGUAUAAUACAUGCUUCAUAGAUAAUUUAAUAAGAUCAAGGUAUGUGUGAAACUUUGUGUAAUGUAAAGUAAACAAAAUAAACUGUAUAUUGAUAUUUCA